GCUGCUCCUCCUCUUUUUAUAUCCUCUGCUUCACACCAUCUCACUGCUUCAUUCUGACUCACAGCAAACCGGCUUCAAACCUGGACCCUCGGACUACCAGCCGCUCCGCCAUGAGCUGCCCAGUUCUCCUCCCUGUCUCCUUGCUCCAGGGGGAGGAUGAGGGUCUCCCCUCUCCCUGGUCAAUGGACUCCUCAGAGCUGUGUGAGGAUCAUGGAGACAGUCUGUCCCUGUUCUGUUUGGAUGACCUGGAGCCUUUGUGUCAACAGUGUGCAGCUGAGUGCCACGCAGGACACCGAGUUUACCUCCUGACAGAGGCUGCAGCUGACUGUAAGGAGGAGCUAAGAUCAUCUUUAAAUGGGCUGCAGAAAAAGAUGGUUCAGUUUGAAAAAGCCUCACAGACCUGUGAGCAUGCGGCAAAACACAACCAGGCAGAGGUCAAACUCACAGAGGAGCUGAUGGGGAGAGAGUUUGAGCUCCUUCAUCGGUUUCUGAGAGAGGAGGAAGCAGUGAGGUUACGCUCGCUCAGAGACGAGCAGGAGGAGAAGAAGAGAGACGCAGAAGAGCGGAGAGACACGAUGACUCAGCUGAUCAAAUCUGUGGAGGAGAAGAUCCAGCUGAUGGAAGAGGAACUGAAUGCCGACGGAGACGGGGUGGAAUAUCUACAGGUAACUUCAUUCAUACGACGUGACGAGCAGGUAAGAUUUCUUUCAUAUAUUUAUCAAAGUAGACACAAGUUCAUGCGUCUAACUCUUUACAUUUGUUUCUUACUCAGUGCUUGUUCAGGUAGCUUGGAGUCCCCACAGGUGUGCACACCUCUAAUAGAUGUGUCCUCACACCUGGGAAACCUGCAGCAUUCUGUGUGGGAGAAACUGAAAGGCAUCGCCGCAUACACCCCGGUGACAUUUGACCCCAGGGCAGCUGGCCCCUCUCUGAGGGUAUCUCCCACGUUCAACAGGGUCACACCUGGACCUUCACAGGGGCCGGGAGGGGGUCUCUGUGUUUCUGAUAAUCCAGAACGUUUACACCCGUACUCCUGCACACUAAGCAGAGAGGGCUUCGACUCAGGAGAGACCUGCUGGGACAUCCAGGUUGGUGACGCCACGAGGUGGACCGUGGGAGUGGCAGCUGAAUCAGUCUCCAGGGAGACAAAGUCAGAGGUCUGUCCUGAGGCAGGACCCUGGUGUAUCAGCCUGCGAGACAAAAAGUACAGAGCUCUGACCUCUCCCUCUCAAGACCUGAAUCUGGAUGACACAGUCCACCUGAGCAGGGUCCGUGUGAGGCUGGACUGGGAGGAGGGGACUCUGGAAUUCAGAAAUGCUGAUACUGACACGCGUCUGUUCAUGUUUCGACACCGCUUUACUGAGAAGGUGUACCCUUACUUUGAGAGUCAGUCAGAUCACGUCACUGUGGAAGACACUGAGGAGAUCACAAGUGAAUCUUACCCUGAGCGAAGAUAUAACAGUGUAUCAUCGGCAUAUGACAACAACACAAAGCCUGAGUGCAGACGUCAACACUCAGCAGUUUGUUCUGUGAGAGAGGAGAAGAAAACUAAAGCUCAGAGACACAGCAUGAAGGCGAAGCAGGUGAAAACGAAGGAGGUUCAGAGAUCUGACGAGAAGAAAGAGAGCAGCCCCCCCAGGUUCAGGGUCACCUACCAUGUCUCUCUGAACAAAGCCCUUCAAAUCGUCCAAUCACAGACUCAUCCUGAUCAUCCUCAGAGUUAGGAUCUCUGCUCUUAUAAAGAAACACAACACCAGCUGUUUUUG